AUGGUAAUUAAAACAAACGAAAAGGUCGCCAUCAAAAUAAUUCAAAAGCGUGAUGUAAACGCAACAGGUGGUGAAUUAUUUGAUCAUAUGUGUGAUCGCGGAAAAUUUACCGAAGCUGAUGCCGUAGAAGUUAUAAAAACAGAACUUACGCAAUAG